UCUCUCUCCUCUCUCUCUCUCUCUCUCUCUCUCUCUCUCUCUCUCUCUCUCCUCCCAGCAGACUGCGGCUUUGGUCUUAAGAGAUCAGGUGACUGUAACUUCUCCGUUAAAAGGAAAGUUUGAUAAGUUCCACUCAGUUUCCCUCCUGGUCCCAAACUUGGAUUUCAACUCUCUACAAGUGGCGGAGAAAGUCCGUCUGGUCCCUCUUCAUUCUCUCUGGAACUUUUUGCUGAAACUCCCUGAGAAUGGGGGACUGGAGUGCUCUGGGCCGUCUGCUGGACAAGGUCCAGGCCUACUCUACUGCCGGAGGGAAGGUCUGGCUGUCAGUCCUCUUCAUCUUCAGGAUUCUGGUCCUGGGCACUGCAGUGGAAUCUGCCUGGGGAGACGAGCAGUCUGCAUUCAAAUGUAACACACAGCAGCCUGGUUGUGAGAACGUCUGCUAUGACAAAUCUUUCCCCAUCUCCCAUGUCCGCUUCUGGGUCCUCCAGAUCAUUUUUGUGUCAACACCCACGCUUCUCUACCUGGCUCAUGUGUUCUACCUGAACAGGAAGGAACAGAAAUUCAACAGGAAAGAGGAGGCGCUUAAAGCCGUGCAAAACGACGGCGGCGAUGUCGACAUCCCGCUGAAGAAAAUUGAGAUGAAAAAGCUAAAGUAUGGCAUUGAGGAGCAUGGCAAAGUGAAGAUGAAAGGGGCCCUGCUCAGAACCUAUAUAGUCAGCAUUUUCUUCAAGUCAAUGUUCGAGGUGGGCUUCUUGGUCAUCCAGUGGUACAUUUACGGCUUCAGCCUUUCUGCAGUCUACACCUGUGAGAGGUCCCCAUGCCCCCACAGAGUGGACUGUUUCCUGUCCCGUCCCACAGAGAAGACGGUCUUCAUCAUCUUCAUGCUGGUGGUCUCGCUGGUGUCCCUGCUGCUCAACGUCAUCGAGCUUUUCUAUGUGUUUUUUAAGAGGAUCAAAGAUCGUGUGAAGGGCAAACAGCCGCCCAUCCUCUACCCUAGUGCAGGCACAUUGAGCCCCACCCCUAAAGACCUGUCCACAACCAAGUAUGCCUACUAUAAUGGCUGCUCCUCCCCGACUGCCCCACUCUCACCCAUGUCCCCCCCAGGCUACAAACUGGCCACAGGGGAGCGUGGAACCGGCUCAUGCCGCAAUUACAAUAAGCAGGCCAAUGAGCAGAACUGGGCCAACUACUCCACAGAGCAAAACCGGCUCGGCCAGAAUGGUGCAGGAAGCACUAUUUCAAACUCCCAUGCACAGGCCUUUGACUUCCCAGAUGACACCCAAGAGCAUAAGAAACUUUCCUCAACAGCGGGACAUGAGAUGCAGCCACUGGCGCUGAUGGACGCCAGGCCGUGUAGCCGGGCCAGUAGCCGGAUGAGCAGCCGAGCCAGGCCAGACGACCUGGACGUGUAAGCCCUGGUUCCACCUCCUACUCCUCCUCCUCCUCCCACCUCUGUGUGGCUUCAGCCAGAGAAUCAGGAAACACUCCAUCCCAUAGGUUCAUGUAAGAGGUGGGGCUGACCUCAAUCACUGUCUUCAGAAUAGAGACUCUUAGUCACUCAAAGAGACAUUAAACUUGUUAUGUAACACUGUCAAAGGUACAAGUUGCAAAUGUUUUUUUUUUCAAUGACUUUUACCAUAAUCUUUUAGUGGAGCUAACCCAGCUUUAGAAGAACAGAAGUGUAACAGAUGACCGCACUGGUCAAUGUGCUUGGUCUGGUUAAUUUAAGGAAAACUCAGUUUUUUUCUUCUUUUUAUAGUUUCUGCUAUUUUUCCUAUUGGUGACAACAUAUUACUUACCACUAUCCUAGCUGGUUUUUAAAGGUAUGGUGACAGCUACACAACAGGUUGCCUUCUUAGUUGUGUCUUUUAACAUGUAACCAGUUUAGCCAAAAAUAAGAAUUAUUGGCUAACUCUGGUUUAAAUUGUAUUUGUUCUUCUGUUGAUCAUUAAGCAUUGUCCCUGUUAAAUAAUCAAAAGAAAAGUAAAGCCCAAAUGAUCUAUGUCAUGCAAUGUGGAAUUGAAAGAGUAAGUUGAAGGUGAAUCAAUCUGCCACCCCUAAAUGUGGAAGGUAACUACAACUAUUUAGUUAGUCUCCUGCAUGGAUAACAUAGACCUAGUUUUGGUAGGAGAUAGGAUGUAGAGUCUCCAGUGUUAAAGUCACUCCCUUUCUUUGUCCCCCAAGAGCUAGGACUGCAGCAUGAUGUCACAAUACUUCCAUCUUAGCUUCUGAGAGAGGAAAGUGAUGAACAUAGGUCAAAAUAGCUGUUUGAACACAUGAACCAUGGUGUUGUUUUUCAUGUGAGUACAGUCCUGUGUGAUCACUCGAGGGCACUAUUAAAAAGCUGUGUGUAGCUCAUCAAUGAAGCAUUAACCAACAGGAAAAGUAUGAAAAGGAACCUAAAAUCCAUGAUGUAAUAAACAGAGUAUGGGUUGCUGAGACACACACACAUACACACACACACACACACACACACACACACACACACACAUACACACACACACACACGUACCUUUGCAUUGAAAGCUAGUUUGAUGGACUCGACCACACCUGCAUUAAGUUGCUUUAACAGUCUGCUCGCAUUAUAUAGCUGUAUUUUCUUAUGAAUCAACAUUAUUAAUCCAUUUUCUUCUGUUUCCACUUACAUCAAUACUAUCCCAUCCCAGUUUCAGUCACAGCAAAAGUUAUUGUUAUCGUCCAGAAAAAGAACAACUACAUGUAAAGUGUUUACCACUUGUCUCAUCCUUUGCAUUGGACUUCAUGGAGAAUGCGUAAUAUCAGUUGUAGUGAAUAUUUAUUGCUUAGCAUCUGUAGGACACCUACCACUAAGAGGAAAAAAAUGACUACUAUCCAGAAUCUCUUACUCACAGAAAACAUCUUACAUUAGCUCCCCACCAACUGUAUAUUUAUUGACAGUAAAAACAUUUUUUUUCUCUUUAGUAACUUUGUCAGUCAGCAUAGACUGUUAUUUCCUGGUAAACUUUGAAUUUAUGUGUUGUUAUGUUUUUAUUUUUUAUUUUGUUGUUUUAAAUGUCUUUUUUUGGGGUGUUUGUGAGAGUGGCAGGGCUGAUUGUUCCGGCUGCUGUGACACAGCAAACUCUGCUCUGCUUUUAUGUGGCUUCCAUUAAGAAAGGCUUUAUUACUGUGUUAUCUUUUUUUUUCAUCUUUUGCGGGCUGUAGAGAAAUACAGUAGAAUGAUUAUCUGUGUUUUACAUAUCUGAGUGAAUGAUUUUUUUUCUGUUUUGUAGGUAUUGUUUUGUUUUUCAGACUCCGUGUAACCGUUGCUGCUUGAGAAAUAGAUAUUUAGUACUGUAAAUCCAGCUAACUGUGUCACAAUAAAAAUGUGAGUUUUUAGAAGACUGCUUAUAGAUCUGGACUAAUAUUUAGUCAGUUAUAUUAAAAUGUAUGCCAAUGUAGCUCCACAAUUACCAAACACUAGUAUAAAUCUCAAUUUGGACUUCUUUUUUUUUCUCCUUUUCUUCUGUCAUUUGUGCAUCAUUUUGUCGGUACUUACAUGUGUCAUGGAUCUUUCAGCUACAAUGGCAUUUGCACUGAGAUCUUGGUGAUAGAGAUGUAAUAUGAUGCUCACAGUUAGUGGAGUUUUCUGAUCACAUGUUACUAAUUUAUUUUAUAACACAGAAAUCACUACAGUGCAUAAUACCAGACAUCUGACCACUGGUGACAUUGGCUGGUUCUGUGAGAGAUGUCUUCCAUUGACAGAACAGAAGCAAUAGUCAUUUGUUGCCAUAAUUCAGACAAUGCUAAUCUAUGGGGAUCCACUGUUGUACAGUGUAAGUGCAUGAAAGCAAAACAAAAACUCAUUAAUUGUAUCUGUGAAAAGCUAUUUUAACCAAUAAAUAUUUUUUUCUGUCCUAA